UCUCUUCCCAGUACAUCCAACAAGUACAACUCCUUAAGAAAUUAUCUUCUUAAAUAAGACAGAAUUUGAGGGACUUGUGAUACUUACUCUUAAGGCUUGCCUGAUGUAGCUAGGCCCAAACCCUGCCAAGUAGCUUCAAGCCAGCAGACUUCCAUGGUGUGGACAACUUAACCAUCCAUGUCCAACCUGAUAAUGAGUAGCCUUACCUACACUACAAUACGAGCUACAAUGGUUUCUUACCCAAGGCCUCACAGCAUUGGGCCUCUUGUUAGGUUAACCCAUCAUCCCCCUGAAGGGUCAGGCCUGGUGCAACCCUUUUUCUGAGGAGGAUGUGUGGCUGCUUCUCAUUGGUGCCAAGUCCCCACCUUCCCCUCUGGUCUUCAAGUAACACAAGGUUGCAUCACAAUGGAGGCUCAAGUUUCAAGAUGUCCAAUCUGAGUUUCACCCCUCAUCGAAGGACCUUGUCUGGGCAGGAAAAAAUGAUCUAGCAUCCUGGGCUGCAGCCAAUGCAGACCCUAGUCUGGGUGGAGAAGGACAGCGAUGUAUAGACUUUGUGAUGACAGGAUGUCCUGAGAAUGACAGACGAGCGAGUGAAAGACACGAUGGAGGAGUUUCUUCUCUCCCAUGGUUACCAGAUGGGCAAAACCAUUGGGGAAGGAACGUAUUCAAAGGUCAAAGAAGCCUUUUCAAAAAAACACCAACGAAAAGUGGCUGUGAAAAUUAUAGACAAACUGGGAGGACCAGAAGAGUUUAUCGAGAGAUUCCUGCCUCGAGAGCUCCAGAUUGUCAAGCGCCUAGACCACAAGAACAUCAUCCGGGUGUAUGAGAUGCUGGAGUCCACAGAUGGAAAGAUCUACCUGGUGAUGGAGCUGGCGGAGAACGGCGAUGUCUUCGACUGCGUCCUGCAAGGAGGGCCCCUGCCCGAGAGCCGGGCCAAAGCGCUCUUCCGUCAGCUGGUAGAAGCCAUCCGCUAUUGCCACAGCUGUGGGGUGGCGCAUCGUGACCUCAAGUGUGAAAAUGCCCUCCUGCAGGGGCUCAACCUGAAACUAACUGACUUUGGAUUUGCCAAGUUGCUCCCCAAGAACCGCAAGGAGCUGAGCCAGACCUUCUGCGGGAGCACAGCCUACGCAGCCCCCGAGGUGCUGCAGGGGGUGCCCCACGACAGCAGGAAAGGUGACGUGUGGAGCAUGGGGGUGGUCCUUUACGUCAUGCUUUGUGCCAACCUGCCGUUUGACGACACGGACAUUCCCAAGAUGCUCUGCCAUCAACAGAAAGGGGUGUCCAUCCCCGGCCACUUGGGGAUCUCCGAGGAAUGCCAGGACCUUCUCAAAAGCCUCCUGGAACCAGACAUGAUCCUGAGGCCUUCCAUCGAAGAAGUGAGUUGGCACCCAUGGUUAGCAAGUUCCUGAGGACGGGACCAUGUUGAAAUUCUCCCCAAAUAAAAGGGGACAGGCUGUUUCCAAAAUGCUCACAUAUAUUUUAACGUUAUGCUCAGUUUCUAGUCUAUCCUUAAUCCACCGAGAAGGAAGGCAUUUAAAAUAUUCCCCUCUCAUCAGGAGCUGCAUUCCCUUAUUCAAAGAUGCCUGCAAAGGUGGUUACAAAUAAGUCAGAAGGCCAAGAAAAAUAGAGUGAAGGUGUCUAAUCCUAAUCCUUGCCGAAAUUUCUUUCUCAAACACACAGAAUCACUGUAAAAUGUUAAAUCUAAGAAACCUCCCAUAGGAUUCCAAGACUGUAGAUCCCCCUCCCUGGCUGUCCUUCAACAGCAUCCCAUCCAUUGAUCUUCAGGAAAUCCCAAUUGGAAAAGGGAAGGAGGGGCCAUCAUGCACCAGGCCAACUUAUUGAUCCAACCAGCAUCGUAAUCCAAAUGAGGUGCUAGAACACGUUCCCAUCCGGAUAGGUUGAAAUAACAAUCUCAGAAUUCCUAGCCAAAGUUUCCACAUAUCUUGGGAGAAAUAACUGAGGAGGGUGUGGUAUGAGGCAGAGCUUUUCUGAGCCCCAAAGACAGAAAGAACGAACCUGGGGACUGACGGGAACUGAAUUUGGAGUUCAGCUGUACAAAAUAUGGGCUCCAACAAGGGACAGCCUCUCCAGGAUUUGUUUUGUGGUACACAAAAUGUUUUGAAUUUGAAAAGAAUCAAACUAGACACCCCACUUUUAAGUGCAAACCAGGCCAUCCUGAAAACUUGGGGAACAGAUCAAACUAGAGGUUGAGACACCCCCUCUCAAAAUGGUUUGGACAAAAGAAUCCGAUUCCUAGAGUAACUCACUCAAAAUGGGGCAUUUCAAAUUCAAAAUGGUUUGGAUUCUAAUUAUUUUGAGCUCCCUUAGCUAGCAAAUCUAUUGGGAGAGCUCCCAAAUGCUAGCAAGGUUCCUGAAAAGUAAUGUUUUCCAUUGCAGCACCUAAGUAGAGAUUUGGUCGUACAAUGUCAUCCCCUUCCAUCAGCACAGCCAACCGUCUGGCUGGCUUUGGAAGAGAUAUGUAGUCCGAGACCCCUUUCACUUUAUGAUCUUGGCAAGGCAGGUUGGAGGGGCUGAGCCUCUUCACCACCACCUGCCUUGGCCUUCUGGCUAACAGAUCAGGAAGUGUGUCUAUCAAUCAAAUCCUCUGGGUGCUGCCAAGUUCCACUGUGGCAAUGCUCUUUGCCCUCAUUGUGUCUGGCAUAGAAUAAGGCCCAGGCCACCCGAGAUAUAUGCUUGAAAACUUAGAGAGGGUGAAAAGAAAAGAAUCACAAAACCAAUAUGGUCAUUUCUGUAGAACUCCUUUAAUUGCCAUUAAUGGCAAAUCUGUAAAAUGUGAAGAGAAAGUCGUAAUUACAAAACUAACAGCUGUUAGAGUCACGUUCAUCCCAGCUAGAAAACAGUCCAGUGAGAUGCCAUAUAAUUUAAAAAUGAGAUAAU